CCCCCCCCCCGUAAUGCCAGGUCAGCUGCAGAAGCGCGGGGUAUCCUGCAAGGCAGAAGAAGACGCAGCUGACUGGGGCUCCCCAAAAUUCCACACUGGUAGAGGAGGUGAGCAAAAGGGCAGGACUUGCAAAAGAAGAUCGCCUUAGCGGAGUGUGUGUGUGGGGGGCUUAUCUCCAUCUUUUCCUCCUUCCUUCCCCCCCUCUCGUUUGUACGCGAAUAUCGUCGGUCCAAAAUAGCCUCGCCUGCCGGCUUCCCGGCUGGACAAGCGGCGUGUGGAACAAAGGAUAAGCAAGGAAGAGAAAGAGAAUUCCCGCUGGCAGCAAAGCUGGCGCAACGAGGCUGGACAGGAAAAACGAGUAGAGCUUGCUGGGGAGGAAAUUUUGCCCUAGGAGAGAAAGUAUAGAAGGUUCGGGGCCGGGGGGCAGGACAUACCGGGACCCAUCAUCUCACCUGGCUGUGCCGAGGACUGGAGGGAGAUUUUUUUAAGAAAAAAAAUGUAAGGGGGAAAAGGAAGGGAAGGAAAUCACUCUAAAAGAGCAAGCUAGACCGGCUCCAACUGUGUGCGUUUUAGUCGUUGGGACCUGAAGGUUAUCGUGGAAGCAAGUGGCCUUCUGCAGCACCAGCCGCGUGUCUGCGUGAGUGGGCGGAGGUGAAGGGGGUGGCGGCGGCGGCGGCAUUUCGCCUUCUUUUCAACGUGGGAUUUAAUGGCCACGGCCGCGGAGCUUUGAUGAUUCCGGGAGAGGCAGCUCGAAUGCUGCAAUGCUGCCAGCCGCAACAGCAUCACCGACGGCUCUGGUGAAAGGAGGCGUCUGAGCAGCUGCGGCGGAGGCGAACGCAGGCGGUGGAAUCCGGCAAAAAUCAUCAUCCACGCUGCAUUUUCUUUUCCUCCUCCCCACUGCCUUUCCCCUUCAUCCAUCAUCGGCCCUUUUCGUGGCUGGCUGGCUUUCCUAGCUCGGGCAGGUAGCGGAUCUGGCUCGUUUCUCGCCCUCCCCACCCCGUUAGACUAACUGCCUCUCCCCACCCCGUCCGCAUUCACCCAGAGUCGUUUGGAGCAUGGCUACACUGCUCCGGAAAAUCGGGCUUAUCCGAAUCCACAACAGGGACACGGAGGAUCCCAAGCACCAUCACCACCACCACCGCCGCGGCAGCAUCCAGCAAGGCUCGUCGCUGCGAGGCAAAAGCAACCAGAAGAAUAAGCAGCAGCAGCAGUUGCAAGGCACGCCGGCCAGCGGCUGCGGCAGCCCCAGCAAAGAGAGCUGCAGCAGCAGCAGAGGCAACAGCCCCGCGCGCAACAAGCCCCAAAAGGUGCUGGAGCUAGCGAAGCAACAGCAGCAACACGCGGGCCCCGACGGCGCGAAGGAGAAAACGCAGCAGCACGGCGGCAGCAGCAGCAGCAAGGAGGCGGGCUCUGGCAAGGAACAACCGUCAGGGGGGAGCGGCGGUAGCGGCCGCUCCAGCUCGGCCUUGGUCCCCUCCUCUUUGGUGCCCGCCAGCCGGCAGGCGCACUGCACGCAAGUGCGCACCCGACGGCUGAUGAAGGAGCUGCAGGACAUCGCCCGCUUGAGCGACCGCUUCAUCUCGGUGGAGCUCGUGGACGAGAGCCUCUUCGACUGGAACGUGAAGCUGCACCAGGUAGACAAGGACUCGGUGCUGUGGCAGGACAUGAAGGAGACCAACACCGAGUACAUCCUCCUCAACCUCACCUUCCCGGACAACUUCCCCUUCGCGCCGCCCUUCAUGCGGGUGCUGAGCCCGCGCCUGGAGAAUGGCUAUGUUCUGGAUGGCGGAGCCAUCUGCAUGGAGUUGCUCACUCCCCGGGGCUGGUCCAGCGCAUACACCGUGGAGGCCGUCAUGCGUCAGUUUGCUGCUAGCCUUGUCAAAGGGCAGGGCCGCAUCUGCAGAAAAGCCGGAAAAUCAAAAAAGUCCUUCAGCCGUAAGGAAGCCGAAGCAACUUUUAAGAGCUUGGUGAAGACCCAUGAGAAAUACGGGUGGGUCACUCCCCCUGUGUCUGAUGGCUGAUGCUCCUUGCAACCCACACAUCAGACGCUAACAAAAACAACAACAACAAUGAAGUACUCGUUGACAUUUCCUCAAUGCUGUAUACCACAUUCAUCCUUUUUCUACUUCAGCUUCUGUUAGAUAUCAUGAAUGUCAUGGAGACGUCCAAAUUAUUUAUGAACAGAUCUGUUUACAAAGGGAGGGAGGGGAAAUGCUGUAUAAGAUUAUAUUUUGAAACUGAUGACUGAUCAGUUGAUUAUCAAUAAGUCACUUUAGAGCAGAUGUUGAAAUUAUAUCACUUGCCCCCACCCUACCCUAUUCUUCCAUCGAGCCACAUUGUCGCCUGCUUUUUCCCAUGGUGCAGCAACACCAACCAGGCGAUUCUGGAAAUUCCAUCCAUCGUUGCUUAAUUCAUUUAAAUGUAUAAUGAAGCAGUUAAUAUUUAAAUAGAAAAGCAGUGCAUUGCAGAUCCAUCUUUGCUGUGCUGUUUUUAAUCUAGGUUUUCAAGCAGGUCAACCUAACUUGACGAUGUGUUUUUUUCUGUGGAGCUGUGGUCUGCUGUGGCUAAAUUUUAGACCUCAUUUGUGCUCUGUAAUAUGACAUUUGGUUCAUAAAAAAAACAAUUCUAGCAAAGACACAAGCUCUAGUAUUUUUUUAAAGCACCCAGUUGGUCAAAAAUGUGCUAGCUAUGGUGAUAUUGUGGUGUGCUGUUGUUCACCGAUAAAGCCAAUGUGAUCACAUGAAAUUCAGGUGAUGAAGGCUUGAGGUACCAGAUGAACCCAUGUCAAGGGACUGCAAGGGGUUGGUGGCCAAAUGGUUUUUCUCUUCCCAAUAGGACAAGGUACUUUGAGGACAGCAUAUUUACCUGUCCACUUCUGCAACUGUCAAACAAAAAAUUAGACAAAAUGUAGAUGAAUUAAUCUUCAAUGUAUGGUACUUAGUUUCAAAUGAUGGACCACUUACAAAAGCAAAGUCAGAUUUUUAAGAACUAAGGCAUUUCUGUGACUUAAUUCUGGAUUUCCACAUUCACCCACCAUAAAAGAUAAAUACUUUUGAGUCCAAUGUCAGAGAAAAUCAGUUAACAUUUAAAUGUGCAGCAGAGUCACUAAGAAUCCAUAUUCCCUCUUCAAUUAAACAAUUUUUAAAGAAGUCAUAUAAUGUUAUUAAGAAUUCAAAGAGUGAGUUUGAAAUGUGGAGCCCAAAUGGAGAAUUGUGUUGGACACAUUCUAAAUAAAAGCAACCAAACCAUUUAAUUGCCUCAAUAUUUAAAUCAUUCUGUUUGAAGAACGACUGUGUAACACUAGAAAUCUUACGGAUAUAUUAUGAAUACUUUCACAGCAUUCUUGAUAAAUUAUAUGAGGACAUUAUUGAUCAUAACAUGCAAUGAAGUAAACAUUUGGCAGCACAAUCCUAAGCUCAGAAGUUCUACUGUGUUCAGUGUAGCUUGCUCCUUAGUAAGUGUGCUUAGGACUGAGGCCUAUCAAAAAGCUUUCCAUCAUAUACCCCUCUCCAAAUCAGGCUUUAGAGACAUCUGCAUGAGAGAGAAACGCUUGUGUGUACACAGCUUGGUAUGUUAUUGCUGCCGGACAGACAAGCCACUAUUGAAUAUUAUUAUUUUCCUUGUACAUCUAAUGACUUUUCCAUUAGGUUAUAACUUACAACAAAGGUACUCCCAUUUUUGUCGAAGCUCCAAAAGAGUUAGCAAGUGUGGGUCAGAAUCAUUUCACUGGCCUAAACAGAAUUUUCUCCUCUUAGCCGAUUCUCAGAAAUGGAAGAUGCAAAGGCAGGAAAAAAAUUCCAGAAUAUAUUUUUACUGUCAGUGUGCAUGUGUGACCUGUCUUAGUGCAUAUUGUUGCACAAAAGCAUCAUAUAUGUGUUGGCAAUUUUUGUUCACUUGAGUGCACUGUGAAAGCUGGAUGAUGUGAAUACUAACACACCUUGAACAUUGUUAUUUACGCUUUGGUUUUAGGCCUUUAUAUGAAAAACCUCUUGCAGGGGAGGAAGGAGGACUUUGCACGUAUUUGGCACUCCUACUUGGCAAAACUGCAUGGCCUCAUAUAACUGAAAUAAAAACACAAAGUAAAACAGGUGCUCCCCUUUUCUAUCUCCCUGUUCAGAGAUCCUCCUUCCACACAGAAACACACGUGUACAGUAUACUUAGUACUGAAAAGCUCACACGGCAUCCACUGGAUAGAGGUUGGUCAUGCCCUGCUUAGCUUCUGAGUCCGGCCCAAAUUCUUUCAGUUUAGGCUUUACCAAAGGCCUAGCGUUUGAGCUUCCAGACCAGCCAGUCAUUCUCUGGACUGGGCACCAAUGCUCAUGUAGGCCCACCCUGAGAAAAAAGAGGGAUAAAGGUGAAAGGACACUGCAUUGCUCCAUCUCUUAUUUUUCGAUUUGCCUCACUGUACUGUUCCAUUAUCUCAUCUUUAUCCAUUCAUUCUGGAAGGAGAGGGGAGGUGGAGCAGUAUGGUGGCAGCAAGGGAAGGGCUGUGUGCGGUUAGUGGCUUGUUCACUGACUCUGCUUGGCAACAAUUCUGCCAUUGUCAGUGGGAGUGGCAGUGCUAACUAUGGUGGCACCACCUGGAACAUUGCACCCGCCUACCUGUACACUUGCCCUGCAUUUUGGCUGGCAGCAGUUAGUGGCGCCAUAAUUAUGUACCACAAUAUGGACUGCAGAAGAUGUGGGGGAGAAUAGGGGGUGGGGGUGUUUUCAUGUCCGUAGAUGGAAUGUGUGUGUGUAUGCAUGGGAAGAUGAUGGAUGGGGAUGUGGUAAAUGUAUAGAUGCAUGGGUAUCUGUGUGUGUGCAUAUGCAUGCUCAGUGUAUGGGUAACAUGUGAGACGAAACAUACA